AUGUUUCAGUAUUUCCAGCGCAAGGGACCAGGAACUGCGCCUGAAGCGUCGAGCGUUGGUGAAACGGACACGGCCAGUCAGGCGUCGUCUGAUACAGAUAUUGCCUCGGAUGAUAAUCCGGAAACUCUCUCUACUCUUGGAAUCACGUUGUUCGACCGUUUCACUCGGGAGGGUGAUGUACACGAUCUCGAUAGGGCGAUAGUGGCUCAGCGUAAAGCGGUCCUGCUCACGUCGACAGACCACCCAAAGCUGUGGAGACGUCUCACAAAUUUAGGAUUUUGUUUAUCCCGGCGCUUCAGGCGUUUGGGUGUCCAUAGCGAUGUCGACGAGGCCAUUGAUAUCCAAGAUCGUGCGGUAUCUCUCCUCGAUGACACGCAUUCUGCCAAAUCUCUCGCUCUAAGCAACCUCGGCGUCACUUGUUCUGCUCGUUAUCAACACUUUGGCGAUGUCACGGACCUCGACAAGGCCAUUUCGUCUCAUGAACAGGCCGCCGCAUUGGCAUCCGGCAACGAAGACAAGGCCAUAGCGCUUCAUAACCUCGCCAUUGCCUUAUACUAUCUUUCAGGUACAUCGCGAAAGGUUACAGACGUCGAGAUGGCCAUAUCACGCGCAGAGGAGGCCAAUGCGUUAACCCCCUCGGAGAGCAUCCAUCGUCCAAAAAUCAUCACCACCUUGGCUAAUGCGUUGACAAGCCGGUUCGAGUUGACCCGGGCGGAACCCGAAGACCUUGACCAUGCUAUAACCCUGUUCAGACAAGCCCUUGAUCUCACACAUCCUGACGACGUCAGUAGACCUCAUAGACUUCAAAGUCUUGGGGUCUCUCUCCGGACGCGGUUCGAGUGGACCGGAAAUCUUCCUGACAUUGACGAGGCUGUUUCCCUGCAGGAGCAAAGUGUUGCAUUAACACCGGAGAGCGACACCUGGAAGCCCGAGCGUCUCGGCAAUCUUGGAAACUCUCUUCGACGUCGUUUCGAUCGCCUCGGUAAUCUCCCGGACGCCGACAAAGCAAUCAAACAUCACGAGCAAGCCGUGUUGUUGACUCGCGACGAACAUAAGAACAAGCCGAUGUAUCUUUCGAACCUCGCCAUGGCGCUGGUCAAUCGGUUCGAACGAACAGACAGCAGUAACGACCUAGUCAAGGCAAUAUCGUGCCAGAAGAAAGCCAUUGCUCUCAUGCGCGAUCCUUCAUUCUAUAUCGAACUCGGCAAUUCACUUGCACGUCUUUACCAGAGGUACAAAGACGGUCAAGAUUCCAGUAUUGAUGAGGCUGUGGCAUUGAGCGAGCGAACUGUCGCGCUCACUAGCGACGAUGACGCCAGAAAACCCGCACACCUAAACAACCUCGCUACCGUGCUCAUGGCCAAAUUUGAGUCCACGAGAGACGUUCUCGACAUAACACAGGCCAUCUCCCACUUGGAGCAUGCGAUCGGUCUUCUUCCGGAUGGAUAUGCCCAGAAAUCAAAAUACUUCUGGAAUUUGGGCAUGUCGUAUAUAUCGCGCUUCCAGGUCACCGGAGACAGGGCGGACAUUCAAGCGUCGACGAAUGCGUAUCGUACGGCAGCUGACGCUCCUACCAACGAGCCAUCUCUUCGAUUCCAAGCCGCUCUGCAGUGGGCGAAGGUUGCCUCGGAGCGCGACCCCUCACAGCUUCUCGAGGCUCAUGGAACCGUCAUCUCUCUCGUAUCACGGCUCAUAUGGUUGGGCACCCCAGUGUCACGCCGAUACAGCGACAUCGAAUCCAUGAGUGAUGCUGUAAAUAACGCAGCAGCCGCGGCCAUAGCUCUAGGGAAGUACGAACUGGCCGUCGAGUGGUUGGAGCAGGGCCGUUCACUCGUUUGGGGCCAGCUGCUUCAACUGCGCACACCCAUACAGGAUCUUCAUGCUGUUGAUGCUGCACUCGCGGACGAACUCAUGCACGUCUCUCAAGCCCUCGAGCACGCUGAGACAUCACAGAUCCCAGACAUUGGUGAUCUGGAGAACGCUUCUCUUGCACGCCGUCGCCUCGCUGAGCGAUGGGACAAGCUGGUAGAGGACGCACGCCGUAUCGCAGGGUUUGAAGGAUUCUUAAAGCCCAAGAAGAUGCAUGAGUUGGUGGGAGCAGCACGAUUUGGGCCUGUUGUCAUCAUCAAUAUCCACGAGUCGCGGUGUGACGCGCUUAUUGUUCAGAAUAGGAGUGAACAGCGUGUUGUAAACGUCGAGCUCUCCACAAUAUCUGUGCCAAGCAUAGAUGCUAUGAAGCACUGGCUGCGCCGCGCAUUAAAGACUGCAGGUGUGCGCGCCGAACGUGGUUCAAAGUCUCACCACGUCGCCCAGACAAGCGACUUCGAGAAGGUGUUGCGCAUUCUCUGGGGACAUGUUGUUACUCCAGUGCUGGACAGCCUUGGCUAUCUCAAUCAGGGACAAGCCACUGAUCUUCCACACCUCACAUGGUGCGCAACAGGCGCGAUGGCAACUCUACCACUUCACGCCGCAGGAGUCUAUAGUGCAUCGGCAGAAAUACCAUCCAAAGUGUUCGACUGUGUCGUAUCGUCCUAUACACCCAGUCUAUCUGCACUUCUCGCCUCUCGACGCGAUACUUUACCAGAACCAGCCUUAGACGGUCCCGGAAUUCUUGCCAUCAGCCAACCAUCUACACCCGGGCAAAGUCCCCUUCCAGGUACAACGAACGAAGUCAAGGCCAUUCAAAAGCACAUCGGGAACAUGAGGUGGACAUGGUUGAACAAGGAGGAAGCAACGGUAGGAUAUGUUCUGGAAGGCAUGAAACAGAAUGGUUGGAUCCAUUUGGCAUGUCAUGCUAUCCAGCGUUCCGACGAUCCGAGGAGAAGCGCGUUCCUCCUUGAUGAUGGCCCCCUCGAGCUUUCGACAAUCAUCCAGCAGUCUCUUUCCUGCGCGGAAUUUGCCUUCUUAUCCGCCUGCCAGACUGCCACGGGAGAUGAGACAUUACCGGACGAAGCCAUUCAUCUGGCCGCAGGCAUGCUGAUGGCAGGACACCGAACUGUUCUGGCGACGAUGUGGUCUAUCAGAGACAGCGAUGGACCCAUCGUCGCGGAUGGAGUAUAUUCCGAGCUUAUAGAAGCUGGUAAGAGCGAUAAACACUACACAGCGGUUGACGUGGCAGCUCGUGCGCUUCAUAACGCAGUCGCACACCUACGUCGUCAAGCGGGUGAAAAAGCUUUCGAGAGAUGGAUCCCCUUCAUACAUGUUGGACAGUGA